AAGCUCUCCUAUACGCUCUUCCCUCCCUCAGCCCGCAGAAAAUAGUGAAACCCUCCCAUAGAGGUGAGAGCGCAGAUAUCAUGAGAAAAGCGGCCACACAACCAGAGCGCACAGACCGACGCACCGACCGACCUCAGCCCGCCUCCCUGCGCCCCGCUCUGGGAUGCUUUUAGCGCAGAGACGCUUCCACUCAGGGCAGCCAGUGGACGUCGACGCACAUCAUCUACACUCCUUUCGUUGUUGUUUUUAACCGAGGAUCUUUCACCACCACCCCCCGCAGCCCCUUCUUUUAUUUUAAGUGUUUGUUUCUUCAUGACUGCUGCUUUGGGAAGCGAGCCUCAGCACCAGCUCCAGCAACGCCGACACGAUGCGAGCCCAAAUCGAAGUUAUACCAUGCAAAAUCUGCGGAGACAAAUCAUCAGGAAUCCACUAUGGCGUCAUUACAUGUGAGGGAUGUAAGGGUUUCUUCAGACGUAGUCAGCAGAACAACGCCUCCUACUCCUGCCCCCGCCAGAGGAACUGCCUCAUCGACAGAACAAACCGCAACCGUUGCCAACACUGCCGCCUGCAGAAAUGUCUUGCCCUAGGAAUGUCCAGAGAUGCGGUCAAGUUUGGCCGCAUGUCCAAGAAGCAGCGUGACAGCCUGUAUGCAGAGGUCCAGAAGCACCAGGCACGGCUGCAGGAGCAGCGGCAACAGCAGACAGGCGAAGCAGAAGCUCUGGCACGCGUUUACUCAUCCAGCCUAACCAACGGACUUUCCACCCUUAACCAUGAAAUUGGGGGCACCUAUGCCAAUGGUCACGUCAUUGAGCUACCCAAAGGUGGCCAUGGUAAUGGAGCAGGAGUCCCCGGAGGUUACUAUGGGAUGGAUUCCACCCAGCCGUCUCCAGACCAGUCAGGUUUGGACAUGUCGGGCAUGAAGCACAUUAAGCAGGAGCCAGUGUACGACCUGACGCCAGUACCCAACCUGUUCAGCUACGGAGGCUACCAGGAGACUCAGCUUGGGCCCAAUAAUGUCAGCAUGGGAGAGCUGGACCGUAUUGCUCAAAAUAUCAUCAAGUCCCACUUGGAGACAUGUCAGUACACAACAGAGGAGCUGCAGCAGCUAGCCUGGCAGACACAUUCCUAUGAAGAGGUCAAGAUGUACCAGAGCAAGCCCCGUGACGUGCUGUGGCAGCAGUGUGCCAUCCAGAUCACCCAUGCGAUCCAGUACGUGGUGGAGUUUGCCAAGCGCAUCUCAGGGUUUAUGGAACUGUGCCAGAAUGACCAGAUCCUUCUUCUAAAGUCAGGUUGUUUGGAGGUAGUCUUGGUGCGGAUGUGCAGGGCAUUCAACCCUCUCAACAACACAGUACUCUUUGAAGGGAAGUAUGGAGGCAUGCAGAUGUUCAAAGCCCUAGGUUGCGAUGACUUAGUGAGUGCAGUGUUUGACUUUGCGAAGAGUAUGUGCUCACUGCAGCUAACAGAGGAGGAGAUUGCACUGUUCUCAGCAGCUGUACUAAUUUCCACAGAUCGACCGUGGCUGAUGGAGCCUCGGAAAGUUCAAAAGCUCCAGGAGAAGAUCUACUUUGCUCUGCAGCACAUUAUGCAGAAGAACCACAUGGAUGAAGAUGCACUGGCCAAGCUGAUCAGCCGAAUCCCAACGUUGUCAGCCCUGUGCACACUCCACACUGAAGAGCUUCAGGCCUUCCAGCAACUCCACCCAGAAACAGUCAAUGUCCUGUUUCCUCCACUCUACAAAGAACUCUUCAACCCUGACCCAAACUCUGCCAUGGCCAUGCCCAAGUGACUGCCUGUGGUCCACAUGCAACAAAUGACGCCAGCAGAGGACCAAGAAAGUAAGACAGCCGCAUCCAACGAGACGAAAGCAGCUAUGUCGACUACGUCAUCAUCGUGGCAACCACAUAUUUCCGAGCCCCCCCAGGCACAUUUCAAGCUGGUGGGUGAGGAGUCAUCUGCUAGCAGCUUAGAGUUACCGCCAACAAUACUAGGAAUGUCCAGCACUUAUCCCAUUCUGUUCACCGAUACAGUCUGAAGAAUGUAUAUAUAAAUGAAACGUGCCCUGGGCCACAACCUGAGCGGGGCUUCCACCUUUCUCCUGAACUGAACUGACUGACCAGUAAUGUACAGACUUUAAAAUAUCUAGGAACAAUUUUAAGCUGUCAAUCUUUAAACAAAAAAAAAAAAGAAAUUGGUAAGUUAAAAUGAUUUAACUUUGAAAAAAUCAUUUGAAUUAUUUUCCAUGUGAAGACAUCGUGAAGAUGGAGAAGCUGGAUGGGGGAGGGAACUGUGGAUUUAGAGAAGCUAUUGUAGAUAUUCUUCUAGUGGAGAGCGGAUUCCAGUAUUACUUCUUGUUCUGUUAAAAUAAGUUAGUCUUAAUUUAAAUAUACAGCAGUCCACUGUGGCUGACUAUACCGUGUCUACGUGUUUUUAUUUUAUUUGAUAGUUUCUUGUGUACAGAAUUUGUAAAGUUGAGACUUGUAAAACAACACUGGCUAAAAACCGGGAUUCAAUUUGGGUUUGUUGAUAUAUAGAAGCCUUGUCUGGAUUUUGUUCAUAUGUAAAGAAGGUACUACAUCCUUCUGAACCUAUAGUAAUGUAAAGAGAGCAUAUGAAGGAUUUAAAAAGAAAAUAAUGGCUACUGCUACUUUUCAAGCUGGAGAUAUAUACAGAAAUAUUCUAUUUUGCAAGAAAAAGAAUCUGGCAGAUUUGCCAUCUUAUCAAUCGUUUAUUUCUCGCUGCAAUAAUUACGUCCAAUAAAAGCUGGACUGCUUUCGAACAAUCAGCCACGAACAGCUAAUCGAAGACUAGGACCUUGCAAUGAACCCUGAAUCUCUUCCCAAAUUCCCCAUGUACCCAGACCUUUAUCUCUCAUGUAUUAGGACCUGUCCGUAAAAUUCUGGCAGAUAUAAGUGGAUAGAAAUCACGGUGAAGGCGUGUAUAGCUAUCCACCAAAAUAAAGGCAACAAAAAAUGAAACAAACCUGAAUUGGAUUCACAAAUUUCCAGUCACUCAAACCUGUAUGAGUGCUGUAUGCCUCAUCCCUACAAUCACUAUUUGCACAAUCAUUACAGUCCAUGGGUGACAAAGACCCUGUGGGCUGUGAAUAUGUAGGACCCUUUGUCUAAAGAGCAAUAAUUUUCACACUGCCUUUCUGAUCUUUUUCCUUUCCUCCUCUUCCUGCUUUCAGUUGUUCAGAUCAAGGUAGCUGUUUUAACUAAAAUGCACUAUAUUUCACUUAAUGGUUAUGCCUAACAGUCAUUUCCAUGGGCGGUACUCAUUCCACCACCACAGACUCUGCAGUGUUUUCAGUGUUUUCAGUACAGAUUGCACUGACUUAGAGUUAUAAAUUAAUCCAGAAUAGCCUCCAAUCAUCUAAACACCAUUUAAAGCUGCAAUAUGGCAUUAACAAUUUGAAAAAAGGAAAGUGUGAUAGACAAUCAAUUUUUGCUUUUUAUGUAGUCAUUCCAUAAUUCUUAGCACUUACAUUUUGUAUUGGUUUCUAUGUUUUGUUGUUUUGGCCACUUUUAAAAAAUCACACUGGCUCCACUGGGUAUUUAUCCAGGCAUGUUGUUAUUGGUCUUUUCUGGUGAAGGAAUAAUUUGAAAACUCAUUGCGUAGACAUGUUUCAGUGGUUUCUGCACACUAGAACUAGAAGAUGCUCUGUGAAUCUCUCCUGUAAAGCUAUAAGUGCUGUGAAAUCUCAGCAGCGAAGCUAAAGAGCUCCCUUUCAAAAUGAGCCCAAAAAAGAGACACUUGACAGAACAUUAGCACAGAAUUAAUCAGCUGAUGAUACUUUCAUUACCUGAAUACAUGUUGGACUGACUAGCGACUAAAAAUCGCACUUUUACCUCAGUUUUGAAUGCUAUGAAUAAUGGACUCUGAUCUAGUGUUAUUUAGGCAAUUUUAAAACAUUAAGGUUUUCUGAUUUUUGCAAAUGCACAGCAGACAAAUCUUUGACUUUACAUCAAAGUUAUAUACCCCUUGAGCCCACUGGUACGCCUAACAUUUAUUAUCCUUCCAUCAUUUUUUUUUCCAUGUGGAGAACAACCACGAGGGAGCAAGUACCAAUGUUAACGUGAGAAAAUCAGCUUAUACUGAUCUGUUCCACACUGCAUCUAUUUAAAGGUUCCCCCAAAGUCCAGCAUCUUUCCUCCGACCCCUGACCCGACCACAGAUCAGAGGCCAGUGACUCUUUAAAAGACAAUCACUUGCUCAUUAAGGCUUGAUGCACUACAAAGCAUCUCUCAGGGAGCAGCUCUUUUUCAGAUUUUGCAUUAAGAGGGUUUAAUAUUUUUGCAAAUUUACAAAAAAAAGAAUAAUUAUAAAAGAAUAACUUUUUAGGAUUAAAAAAAGGCAUACGCCACCAGUGUAUGCCAGCAAUGAAAUCUGCCCAGACAAGGCUUUGACAGAUGUAUGUCUGUGUGUAUGUGUGUGUACAGAGCAUGAAUUCACUGUCCAAAUAUCUUUAGACUCCAGAUUAUAUAGCAAAAAUCAUAAUAACAUAGCACUAAAAAAAACAACUUGUAUGUCAGUGUGCUCUUUUCACCACUGUA